UCAAACUGGAGCCAGUGAUCGUAAAUUUGCGAAAUGCUUGAGUCUCAUCAAAUAUUCCGUUAACGACCGAAUAGUCGGAAAUUAUCUUCACAAAAAUGUAAACACCAGAGAAAAAAAAAUGGCAUAAAAAAUGUAGCAGCUUCCAGUAAAUUCGACAUGUAUAAAUUAUGACCUGUCUCAGUUACUUGUUAUUCCGGACGUAUGGAAACGUUUUUGAGUGAUUACGUGCGCAUAUGAAAUGUGUACAAAAGACGAUAAAGUUGAUGGCUUGCACAUUUAUUUGAGUCUUUAGCCCUUCAGCAUUUCGAGUAUUUUUAAUUUGAUAUGCAGUCGCUUUAAACAAUGAAGUCUACAGCCAUAAUGGUAACUGCUUCUAUGAUUGCUAUGGUUUUAUACUGGAUGUUUUUAUCUAAAGGAGGAAGAAUGCCUCCUGGUCCUAUUGGACUUCCUUUUGUUGGUUAUCUUCCAUUUCUUACCUCCGAGCCUCAUCUUGAUUUCCAAAAUCUUUCAAAAAUAUAUGGACCAGUAUUCAGUGUGCGCUUAGGAAGCAAAUAUGUGAUUGUUCUGAAUGAUUUUUCAUCUAUUAAAUAUGUCUUUUCCUACGAAGAUUUUGUGAAAAAGCCUUCAGAAUGUUCAUAUGAUCUGAGGAGACACUCUGUAGGUCCGUUCGCUAAAACUGAAGAUUAUGUGAGCAUCCUUAUGUACUGUUGCACAUCUUUCGAGUAUUUCUGCACACUUGAUAUUUCCCAUUUCUUAGAAUUUUACAGAAUGUCAGAAAUAAGUGCUUUACCAGUUGAAGAAUGGAAGUUUUUUCUCCAAAUACUUCGGCAAUUCGAUUUAAGCAGAACUCUGUUGUUUGAAAAGUACAUCAGGGAUGAGCUUACUGGCUUGUUGCUUUUGAUGCAAAGAAUGGAAGGUCGUCCUUUUCUAACGAAACCUUUGCUGUCUCGGAGUAUUUCAAAAAGCAUUGCUUUAACAAUGUUUGGCGGAAAACUGCCGUACACCGAUAUUGCAUCCAUCGAAACAGUUUCAGUUUUGAGAGAAACUGAAAGAUUAGUGAGCCAGAAAAGUUGGCAAUCAUUCUUUCCUUGGAUGAAGAUAAUUCCGCAAAUUCUUGAUGUGGAGAAAGGAAUUGAAUUGAGGAAAUUUCAGGAUCGCCUACAAUUUUUCAUCUUUCAAGAAAUCGAGAAAAAUGAGAAGAAUUCGGAUGCUAAUAGUAUUCAUGGUUUCAUCGACUUUUAUUUAUUGGAAAUUCAGAAAAGUGUAAAUCAUUCAUCAUGUAGCAAAUUUAAAUUUGAUCUUUUUCUAGAAAAAUUUCUACAGGAUGUCAUGAAGUCAAUUUUCAGUGCAGGAAAUGAAUUUGUGCGAAUUACGGUGGAUUGGUUACUGCUGAUUAUGGCUGCUUAUCCUGAAAUGCAAAGGAAAAUCCACUUGGAAAUCGAUGAAAUAAUUGGCAGAAGUCAUUUUCCACGGAUAUUUGAUUACAGCAGGAUGCCUUUCACGAAUGCCGUUAUCAUGGAAGUCAUGAGAUGGAGAACAAUUUCACCCUUAGGAAUCAUCCCAGGCAUUCAUGAUGACUUGGAAGUAAAUGGCUAUUUUAUACCCAAGGAUUCCUGGGUGGUUUUAAAUUUGUGGGCUGUUCAUCAUAGCCAUGAAUAUUGGAGUGGAGAUCCAGAUGUCUUUAGACCUGAACGAUUUUUAACGGAAGACAGGAAAUACGUUUUAAAGAAAGACUAUUUUAUUCCAUUUUCAAUGGGUAACAAAUCCUGUCCAGGAAAGAAUCUUGCAACUGCGGAAACAUUUCUGUACUUUACUGCCAUCCUCCAGAAAUUCACUCUGAGUUUGCCACUUGGUAAAGAUGCCGAUCUAAAUGGACGACUUCAUCUGGGCUUAGAACCCAUUCAACAAAAACUGAUAUUUAGGCAACGAGGAUGAAUACGAGUGCUGCUAUGAGAAUUUCCUAGAAAGUGUUUUACUUACAUAAUACAGGGUGAUCAUAAAAUCAUUGUGCACAUAAUGAUAAAAUUGCAAAAUAAAGUUAUUUAUUUGCACUAGAUGUUGAAAUGGCUGCCAUACACUUCCAGACACAUACUGACAUGCUGGGUCUUAUUCCUGAACUUCCAUAGAUUAUUGUACAAACCUUUAUGUGUCCCUUAGUGACAGUCUUCAGUUUAUUCAGUGUUCGGCGUUUGCCCCAUUAUGCAAUAGAUUUCACUACCUCUCAUCGAUAUAAAAGUAGUCUGAGAAAUAAUUUGGAUGAAAGGUUCAGCUCUAAAUAUUUCUACUAUUAAUCUUGCCUUGCAAGACUAAUCUUGCUAAAUAUAGCUAUAAAAGGAAACAUGUGUUGCCAAUAUUUUUUUGAGUUCAUUCUUUUUGAAAUUCCAAUUAAGAAAGAGUAUCGAUAAUGCAAUGCAUGAUGUGCACAAUAACAUAUUACUCACCCUGUAUUCUACAUAACUUUCUGUUAAGAUUAUAAAAAUGAUGAAAAGAUUAUUCAUGUUGUCAAAUUUAAAUUAGCAUAAUGUUAGGCUAAGAUUUUGAGACUAGUGAAAAUGGAUAACAUCACUGGAUAGCAUUAAAAUAUUUUAAUGAAGAAUAGUUAAUAUUUUUUAUUAAUUAGAAUUAAAAUUUUGUGCUUUAUAGUCUGAUUUAAAACACGAAACUUUCUGAACAUCGUAACUUGGAAAGCAUAUUAACUGGGAUCUAUGUUUUUGAAUUAUCAUAUAAAAAUAAAUAAAUGUCCUCUUGUAGUGCAUCAAUGGCGAAUGAUAUGAUAUUUUAGCUUUUCAUUUGCAUUCUACAAUGUCAUUAUAGUUAGGAAUAUUGCAUUAUCACUCAGCAUACAGCAAUUACUCAAUAUGUAGAGAAACUAAGUUCGUUAUAUUUGGAGCAGACUUUUAGUUAAUUACAUAACAAUCUUCAAUUUUGAGUGAGAAAGUAAACAUAUUUAAAUUAAUAUAUGCUUAUAGAUUUCAGAAAGAAAAGUUUAUAGAGUGACUAUAUUUUCCAGAAUGUUUUAACGACGAUUGACUGUUUAGUAGUUGAAUUUGACUGAUAAAUUAAAAGUAAAAUUAAUUUCUUCAAAAACUGGAAUCCAGUUUUUAAGUGGAAUGAAUUAGUUUGUAAGGAUUAUGUUAAUUUUAUUAACAGUUAAAUUUUAAGUU